AAACAAUCUCAAAUCUUAAACACCCAAUCCAAACACUUUACUCUUCCACCAAAAUGAGUACCUUAAAAGCCCUCUCCAUUUUCAGCCUCCUCCUAGUCUUCACCUCCCUAAUCGCCACCCUCACCCAUGCAGCCACCUUUACAGUAACAAACAGAUGCAGUUACACAAUUUGGGCCGGCGCUGUACCCGGUGGUGGAAAACAACUGAACUCCGGUGACACAUGGGUUGUCACCGCUAACCCGGGCCAAACCGGUGGCCGCAUUUGGCCCCGUACCGGGUGUACACAAACCGGGCCUGACGGGCUCAGGUGCAUCACAGGUGACUGUGGUGGGAAAAUCCAGUGUACAAGUUAUGGGCAACCACCUAACACUUUAGCUGAAUACGGCUUAAGACAGUUCAACAACUUAGACUUCUAUGAUAUCUCAUUAGUUGAUGGGUUUAAUGUCCCUAUGAGUUUCUUACCCGUGAGCGGGUGCGGUAGAGGUCCGUCUUGUACGGUGGAUCUUAUCGGUCAGUGCCCGAAUCAGCUUAAGGCUGCGGGCGGGUGUAACAACCCGUGUACCGUAUUUAAAACGGAUAAUUACUGUUGUAAUUCCGGGAGUUGUGGCCCGACUGAUUUUUCUAGGUAUUUUAAGGGUAAAUGUCCAGAUGCUUAUAGUUAUCCUAAGGAUGAUGCAAGUAGUACUUUUACUUGUCCUUCUGGUACUAAUUAUAGGGUUACAUUUUGUCCUUGAUUUUAAAUUUAAGGGCUACCUAUGUUAUCAAUAAAUGGAAAUUUAUCCUAAUGUAAUAGUAUAAUCUUUUUUAAAGUGA